AGUCCCUUACGAGUCAUAACAGUCAGGUCUACCCAUCAAGAAGCACUCCCCGGCAGCUCUGAAAAUACACACUUAGGUCCGAAAGCGCGUUGACAAAUUACAAAUCUGAAAAUGGAUUUAGAAACGUAUUCCAAAAACAUAUCGAACUUCAUUGCUGGAAGUUACAUCACCUCUGCCAUAACAAUAGGAAGAGAUCUUGGGCUGUUUAACGAGCUGAAAAGACUGGACAAACCAGUAUCUUCACAGCAGCUGGCAGACGCCUGUAAUCUCAAAGAGAGGUAUGUUAGGGAGUGGCUCGGCUGUAUGGUGUCGACCAGGAUCGUGUCGCUGGAUGACUCCGACAAAUAUUUCGUUCCUGAGAAACUUAAACCGGGACUUAGUGGAACUGAGUUUGCCUUUUUAUUCCCUGUCCUGGGUACUCUGACUGCGAAAGCGAAGAACUGUUUCAAGAAGGACGGGCCACGAGGGUACACCCUUGCUGAUGAACUUCCGGAAACAUUUGAUGUCUUCGAACAACGAAUGUCGGAUACAGGCGCGGUGGUAGACCAGCUCUUUACACCCGCCGCAAAGUUGACAAAGACAGUGACCACCAUCUUGGAUUUAGGAUCAGGUGAAGGUUGUGUGACUAGAGCAUUAAGUAAGCGUUUCCCAGACGCAGACAUAUACGGCGUUGACUACAGCGAAAUCGCAAUAACCAAAGCCAAUGCCAUCGCGAAAUCUGAAGGCGUCAAAAACGUGAAGUUUUUAAAGGAAGACGCGACUUCCAUGCCCGCCGACUGGAACGGUAAAUUUGAUUGGGUGAUUAUGUUUGAUCUUCUUCACGAUCUGCCGGACCAAGCUAAUGUCAUGAAAGAAGUGAAGCGCGUCUUGAAGGAUGGCGGUGUUGUAUCCAUCACUGAUCCCGAUGUCCAUAGCAGCCAUAAGGGAAACGUCGGUGAUGCGAGUGUGGCAGCAGUAGGUUACGCCAUCAGUUCAGUUUCUUGUCUUCCUCGAAGUCUGUCGAAAGAUGGCUCCCCUGGUUACGGUGUUGGCUGGGGGACCGAAAACAAAGAUGCAUUUUUAACCAAAUCCGGCUGGUUGGUAAAGGACAAACACCAUAUCGGAAGUCCCUUGGCUUGCAACUUUACCUGCGUCAAAGCAUAAGGCAAAACUGGAGAAAAAAAAACUUGAUUUCGCUUUUCAUUGGGUGCUGAGAUGUUAUGCCAUUACGCUUUUCCUUCCAGACUUUUGUGGUGGAGUUUUUAUCAGCUACGCAUGAUUUGUAUUGCAUUUAGUUCAUUUUGACAUACACCCAGAGUUGUAAUUAUAGAUAAACAGAUUGAUAUCGAUUUAAUAUUCGAUUAAAUCGUAUGUUGUGAAAUGGAAACAAUGCAUUAAAACGACGAAUUGAUUCUGAUGGUUAUUUUUACUAUCGGGGCAUCUAGAAAGAGAUUAAUUCCAUUUUCAAUUGAGGAUUUGAAUUAUAAGUCAUAUAACGGAUUAAAGCUUAUACACGCCA